AUGGUAAAGCUUUUUUGUGCAAUUGUCGGUGUGCCGGGGAACGUAUUCUCGGUGAGAGUAGACGAAGCCGACUCAGUAGACGAACUUAAGGACGCGAUUAAAGUGAAGAAUUCGAACAAGCUGAAACUCGUCGAUGCAGACGAGCUGCAGCUCUACGUGGCAAAAACGACGGACGGCAAGUGCGGAGAGGAUCCACUUGAGGUCGUGCUGAACGGGAUGGAUCCUCCAUCAUAUCAGCAGGUUCACGUGCUAGUAGUGAUUCCAAAGCAGGGACAAUAG